AGGUUAGGUCUGUUGGCGUUUUCAGUUUUUUCAGUUUUCUGGUUGCUUUGGACAGUUUUCGAAAUACGAAUUUGCUCAGUUUGUAAUAAAAAUUUCUCGUGGCAAGACAACAAUAUUUUAUACGGAAGUUUUACUCUUGAUCAAGUGAAUUACACUAUAGUAUAUAUUUUGAACAAGCACGAAUUAAUAUCGAAGUCUAGAGAUAGAGAGACGCGUGCGGUCAAGUUAUUUGGAAAACUAUUAUUGGAUAUUAUUUGUUUAAACGGAACCAGGAUGUUCAAAGUAUCUCAAAAGAUUUCAUUGAGCAGUGACGAAACAGUUUUUGGAAAAUAUCAAAAAACACCUGACAUGGAUGUUUAUCCCGAGAAUAGCACCAGCGUUUUUAUUGCCCCAGAAUUAACCGAUGCCAGCCGAGUUCAGCUCUUUCACUUUCCAAAUGGAGCCGUGCGAAUAGGCAACGAUGUAUGUUUUAUAAUCAAGCGCAACGGUGUUAAAGGAAACUUUGAAGUUAAGUUGGAAAAUCCAUCGGGAGUCUUGAGUCCUAUUCCACUAAGAAUAAUUGAUCCAGAACGUUUAGAAGUGUCCUUCAAUUUAAAUCAGCUAGGAUUGUAUCGGGUUCAUAUAAGUUGUAAUACAGUAACCUUACCUAGAUCACCUUUUAUGAUUGUCGUUAUAUCUGGAGAUCCUGAACAUGAAAACAAAGCUGAAAUUCCCGUCUUCAAAUCUGAUGCAUCAAAAGUAACACAUCGUGGAGCUAAUUUGGAUAUCAUUAAAGUCAAUCAACGCAACGAAUUUACCAUUGAUGGCUCUGAGGCUGGUAACAAUAUUCUUUUUGUUGGAAUUUUCGGACCCAAAGGACAAUGCGAUGAGGUUGUUAUAAAACAUUUGGGUAGAAAUAUCUACAGAGUAACAUAUCAAGUUCAAGAUGCUGGAGAAUACAUUCUGGCUGCCAAAUGGGGAGAUGACCACAUCCAAGGAUCACCUUUUAAUUUAACAGCUCAGCUAUAAACAAAAUACAAAAUUUAUAAUAUUAUUAGCAAGAUAUUUGUUUGCAAGGAGAUAUUUAUGUAUGAUAGAAUAUGAACUUAAUUUUAGGUUAAUUUCAAUGUUAUGAAGAUGACUUUAUAGUAAUUUCAAGUUACAAAACGCGCGGUGUUAAGUAUUAUUUUUUACGAAACCAUUAUAAUUUGAAAUUAUAAAAAUAUAAGAAUUUUGUUUUAAAAUAA